CAGGCUGCGCUUGCGCUGUUGGUGGUCUGGCUACCGGCUGUCUCUUCUGACUCGGCGUGUUCGCAUCUGCUCCGGCAGGUGCAUUCUUCUGGCGUCAAAACCACAAGCAGUGGCAUAUUCUUCAAUGCAACCUCAUCGGCGAAGCUCGACCAUCAUCUACCAACAGCAUCGACAAUGACAUCGCUCCCCGAAAACCACAAAAGCAGCUUGCGGACCAACCUGUUCCUCAGUGGGCACGGGAGCAGCGCAUCAAGCAUGAUGCCUGAUCUGCGUGUUUUUCCAAUGCAGGCUGCGCUUGCGCUGUUGGUGGUCUGGCUACCAGCUGUCUCUUCUGACUCGGCGUGUUCGCAUCUGCUCUGGCAGGUGCAUUCUUCUGGCGUCAAAACCACAAGCAGUGGCAUAUUCUUCAAUGCAACCUCAUCGGCGAAGCUCGACCACCAUCUACCAAGAGCAUCGACAAUGACAUCGCUCCCCGAAAACCACAAAAGCAGCUUGCGGACCAACCUGUUCCUCAGUUGGCACGGGAGCAGCGCAUCAAACAUGAUUCUGAUCUGCGUGUUUUUCCAAUGCAGGUGCUGUCCUGUGAAUCCCCAUGGUUGCAAGGUGUCCAAGUUUCCACACUUGUUCCAGAAUGAUGCAACGUGAAUCCUAGAAAAGAAACAGGAACAAUUAUUUUCUGUGCACAAAUAAAUUAGUGUAAUAAACCUAAGGCACAAAAAUAUU